AUGUCUGCGGAAGAAAUCAUGCAGAAUGCGUUGGGCGAGCUCGUAGAGUUGUGCCGCGGACCUCGACCCACAGACGUCUACCAGGCACAGUACUGGGGUAUGGCUGGCGCGCAUGCACUCCUCUUGAACGGUUUGCUUCACCUGUACAAGAUCGCGCCCACCAUCCCCAAGGAGAAGAGCGUAGAGUUUGCAGGCUAUGCUUUACAAUGGGUAGCUGCCAUCAACCACCAUCAUGCAUGGGAAGAGAACCUUUACUAUCCCCUCUUCGGCUUCGAGCUUGACUCGGCGUCUAUCGUUUGCGAACAUGCGACGUUUACCGACGGCGUCGAGCGCAUGGAGCACUAUUUCACCGACUGUCUGCCGGACGGCACCAAGUAUGGCUAUGGCAAAGUAGUCAAGCCGCAUGUUCGCAAAAACUUCGACGGCCAUCAUGUACAAGAUCUCAUUGACACGUUUGUCAAACCUCUCACCGCCCACUUCCUGCACGAGCUUGAGUAUCUCGAGCCGGUGAAGCUGAUGAAAACGGGCCUCACGGAGGAAGCCAUGAAGAGGAUCGACAAAUCGUCAUUGCAACAUAUGCGCACUAUGCCCAACUCCACCUUUCUUGUCUACAACUUACGACAUGCGCCGAAGGGGUCAGAGUACCCGCCUACGGCACCGUUCGUGAAGCGCUUCUUAGCGCCCUAUAUCUAUUCACUACCAUACAAAAAGUACUGGCAAUUCGCUCCGGCAGCCAUCGAGUAUUGA